AUGGCGACCUCGGCCAGCGGCGUCUCCCUCCUUGCCCAGCCGCUCCCUGCCAACGGCACCAGCCUGUGGCGCGGCAGCGUCGGUGUCCGCGCGCGGGCUCCUGCUCCUGCUCGGUUCGCGGCCACGGCCAGGGCUGCGCACGCGCCCGCGCCCGCCGCCAUCACCAAGAGGAGGACGCCUCGUUUCGUUAACGUUAGCGUCAGCGUCAGGUGCGUCGGCGUCGGCGGCACCGAGGCGCUGCGCUCCGACGCCGCCGAGCCGGCGCUGCCGUCGUCGGUGCCGCGGUCCGUGCCGGUGCGCGUCGCCUACGAGCUGCAGCAGGCCGGACACCGCUACCUCGACGUCAGAACGGAGGGCGAGUUCAGCGCUGGCCACCCGGAAGGAGCUGUCAACAUCCCCUACAUGAACAGAACCGGCUCAGGGAUGACGAAAAACACGCAUUUUCUUGAGCAAGUGCCGCGGAUCUUCGGAAAGGACGACGAGAUCAUCGUUGGCUGCCAAAGCGGCAAGAGGUCUCUGAUGGCGGCGACCGAACUCUGCUCUGCUGGCUUCACUGCUGUGACCGACAUCGCUGGUGGAUUCUCGACUUGGAGGGAGAAUGAGCUGCCUGCCACAAUCCAGUGA